AUGGACUUUUUCGUUCCCAACACCUUUCAGACCGGAGAGGAAAAGGGGCGGGGAUAAGGAGGAAGGCAUUUUCAGCCCGAGAGUGUUUCAGUGUGUGUUUGUGAGUCAAAAGUGUGGGUCUGCAGCUCAGCUACGUUUUAUGGGAAAGUCAGUUUCCCACCAUUGUGUCCUCAGCAGUUGCCAGACACUGACAGGGCUUGUAGGGUGUGUGUGUGUGUGUGGUGGAGUUUUCUGUGUGUGGAGACCAGACGCUGCUGGUUUCAGAGGCAGAGUUCAGAUCGUGUUGGAGCCUCUGAGGUGAAGGCAGGCGGCUCUUCCAAACCUGCGAAUGUCCUGCUGCCUUUCUGGACUGCAUUUGUUUUUCCAUCCUGUGGUUGUGGAGUCCUGCUUUUGAUUUUGAGCGUGGCGGUUCCCGGCGUGGCCUAGCCAGUAGUGCUAGUGGCAGUGGUGAGCUACAGGGCUGCAUGCCAUGGGCUGUGUCUUCUCCCUGCCAGAGGACAGGAGAGAUGCUGCUGAGAGAGCACCCACCACGAGAGAGACAAGUUUCAUCGAGAAAAUGAAGAAAACAGGCAAGAACAUCAUUGUGUUCUACGGCUCCCAGACGGGCACAGCAGAGGAAUUUGCCAACAGACUGUCCAAAGAUGCUCAGCGCUAUGGCAUGAAAGGAAUGGCUGCGGAUCCAGAGGAGUAUGACAUGGGGGAACUGUCCCGUCUGUCUGAUAUUAAAAACUCCCUUGCCAUAUUUUGCAUGGCCACCUACGGUGAAGGAGACCCAACAGAUAAUGCCCAGGACUUCUAUGACUGGCUGCAGGAAAAUGAUGACGAAGACCUCUCCGGGCUAAACUACACUGUAUUUGCUUUGGGCAACAAGACCUAUGAACACUACAAUGCAAUGGGAAAAUAUGUUGAUAAAAGGCUGGAAGAACUUGGGGCCAAGCGCAUCUUUGACCUUGGUUUAGGAGAUGAUGAUGGCAAGUAAGUGACCUUUUAGCCUUUGACUUAACAU